GAAGACUGGCAAGAGUCAUGGCGCCUGCCCAAUGGCUGCUCCGCCUCCUCCUCUUCCUCUUCCUUGUCCUUCCUCGCGUGCAAACGGAGUCGGGUGACAGAUUCAGAUUAUUCUGUCCUCUGGCUCCUUGCUGGCAUUAUUGGAAUGGAAACUGUUAUUGCAUCGAGACAAAUCAGGAGGGGACUUGGGCUGAAGCAUUAAGAUACUGCAAAAGAUACAAAUAUACAGAAUUAAUAACAUUCACUAGUUCUGAGGAAAAAGACUGGAUUUUAGAUUUAGCUUUGGACAAUUUUUGGGUUGGAUUGAAUAAUUUGGAAGAACCUGACCGCUUUUCUUGGUCUGAAGGAACCCCAGCAAAUAUGCAGCUCCCUUGGCUUCAGCUAUCUCACACAAUCAAGAAAAAUACUGUGUACUGUGUGAAAAUUUUAAAACUCAACUUGGUUGCUUUGAAUUGUAAUACGAAAGCCCACUGGAUCUGCAAACGAAAUGCUGAUGUUGAUCGGUAUCAAGAACAUGUAGGAAAGGUGCUUUUGUCACCACCAGGCUCUCCAUCCCAAGUGCAUGCAGAUUUAAUUUCUGCAAAGACAGCAUGUUUGGAACUUAGAGAACAGUGUACAGGGAUCAGUGUCUGGAAUAAAUCCUAUGCACUUGCCAGAGGAACUGCCUUGGUAAAAAAUGAGGAGAGGUUGUCUGCAGCAUAUGUGAAAUCAGAUUGCUCCUUUGGCUACUUUGGAGUAAACUGUUCCUCUGUAUGCAGUAGGUGUUAUGGUGAUGAACUGUGCAAUCCUUACACUGGAACUUGCGACAAUUUCCAUUCAUGUAGAUCUCAGGAUUCACCUGCUGUUUGUGAACGAGCUCUGCACAGUGAGUGGUGUCCACAUUUUUCUGGUUGGAGAUACUGGGGAAGCCACUGUUAUUACUUCAGUACAGAGCCUGAAGCCAGCUGGGUAGAUGCUCGGAAACAGUGUAGAAGAUUCAGAAGUACAGACCUCAUGUGGAUAAGUAGCCAAAGUGAAAUGGACUGGAUAUUCUCUUUAUAUACAUUUGAAAUUUUGUGGACAGGAUUGAAUAGCAGGAAACAAAAAUCUAAAUGGGUUUGGUCAGACAUGAAAUCAGCAGCUAAAGAAUUAAACUGGUUGAGACUGUCUGGAAGCCCUUUUGGAAGAUGUGUGGGCCUUGCCUCAGCUAACCAUACCACUUUGAGGCUUGACUGUGAUAAAAAGCAUAAAUGGAUUUGUAAGAGGCUGGAAACGAGUGACCUUUUUGAUGUCUAUACUGAUCAAUUUUUGUCAGGACCAUUACAUACAUCAUUUUAUAUUCUUCUGUCCAAUGCUGUACUAGACUGCUUAAAGGAACCAAACUGCACAGGGAUAGUGCAGGACUACCAAUACUUCAGAAGAACAAAAGGCAUUGAUACAAUUAUUUCUUAUGAGGAAACUGCAACUUCAUUUGUGAGACGAGCUGAAAUCUAAACUUGUGAAAACUUGGAAGACCUUUGCUGACUCAGAUCAAAGAUCUGUCUGGUUCAGCAUCCUUGACAUAUAUUACUAAAUUAAAUGGUUAUAGGAACUAACCUCAUGAUAAGACAUGAAUGCAGUAGCGUCUCCUGUUAUGUUCUCUAGUAUUCAAGAACAUAUUGCUUAUGAUUCUUUAUUAUAUAACUGUUAAAACUAAUGGCAGUUGAUAUCUUUGCUGUGAGAGGUUUUUCCCUCUUCCUUUGGCAGAGGCAUGGCAUAAACUUUGGCAUGCAUGCUUUUCCUCUGCUGUGAGUAAGAUAAACACAAGGCGAAGCCAGCAAGUUGUUAAAGUAUUCACAACAAUUCUUUAUUGCCAUCACAUUACAGUUAUAUUCAACAGACUUUCAUCUCCCUCCUCCCUCAGCUCAGCCUCUUUUCCUUAAAUCUUUCCUUAGACCCACACUUCACACACACCCUUCCAAUCACCAGCUGAUGUUCAUCAAUAAGUUUGGAUCCAUGGCUGGUUUUUCUUCCCUAAGGAUUCCCUAAGCAUCCCUAAGUAUGCUGUCUUCAGACCAAGGACAGGACCCUCUGUCUCCCUCGCACUCUUAAACUUACCGUACAUACAUUUGUCUUCUUUUUAAACCUGUCCAAUAACUCACUAGUUCUUGAAGUAUCGGAAUUUUCCAGCAUCCAUCUUCAUUAAAUUUGCCCAAUUUUUAACAUUAUGAGAGAGAGAAAACUAUAAUUGUGUUUCUGUCUAGUGGUACACUUAUCUUGGAUACUGUUGAUUUCUGUCAGAAUCAACAGUGACCCCUCACUUUGACUACCAUUUGUUUUGCCUGUCUAAGAAACCAGGGUUUUGGUACCAUGGAGAUCUACAGGCAGAGGGAGAGAAGGAGUGAUAGCUUUCACUGCCUUUAACAUACAUAAUUGGAUAUAGAAAUAAAAGAUCGAGUCUUGAACUGUCUCUCUAUGCCGGACAUAACUGGCUAAUGCAUUUACUACAGCUUUGAUUAUCAACAUUUCAAUGAAAGUAGCUGGACUCCUUAUUACUCUGAUUUACUUAUCAUGUUUUGCUGUCCAGAAAGUCAUUUGUUGUUGGAUUACUUGUUGCUGAUGUGUUGUAGAUGAUGUUCUAUCUUUAAAAAGUACAGGAAAAGUCUCCUCUCUGUUGCUCAACUUGCAUCACAGGCAACAGAUAGCAGACUAUGUAGUUGGUCCCCUUAGGAUUACCACCCCCAGUGACCCAACAAGGGUUACUUGCAUCAUUUUGUUUACUACAUUAGUAUGCUACUAUAAAACUUAAUGACAUAUCUGAGCUAAUGUCUGUUGUCUCAAGACCAUGCAUCUAAAGUCGACAAAAUUUUAUUCUGACUUUUUAAAAUCUCAGUUCAUUUCAAGUGUGCUGCAAGAUCCUUUUCCAUAUGUUUGGUCUUGUAUCAAUUUUGUAACUUUGUAUCUCCUAAAGAAUUAUUACAUUUCUUUAUAUCCCUCUUUCCUCUCCUAAAGGAGACUCCAAAGAAUGUUGAGUCAAAUCACAUGAAUAUUUCUUUUUUAGUAAAGGGCUUGACUCUGGUCCUAUUUUUACCAUACACGUUAUAAGGACUGAUUUCCCCUCCACUCAUGUUUCAUCAGAAAGGGUAAUCCAAGUUAUCAAGAUACUAUGCAAAUUUUCCAUGUAAGGAAAAAGCUCACUGUGCAUACCUUUUUAGCCUAGAAAAAGGGCAAGUAAAUGGAGGACCAUGACAGAGUUUUAUAAAAAUAUGCAUGGUGUGGAGAAAACGGAUAGCGUAUUUUUCUUCUCUUGUAAUACAAUAAUGAAACCAUGUAGCAAUCUUGAAUAGGUGAUAAGAAAAAACUUCUCCACAGCACACAGAUAAAACUAAAAUUUUGUAUCACAAGAUACAGUGAUAACUGCAAGCUUGAAUUUCUUUAAAAAUGAUUUAAACAGUUUUAUGAAGGAUAGCACUAUAAAUGGUUAUAAUUUUUUUCUAGUUGUGUAUCAUAUCCUAGCUCAGAGUCUGAGCAAGUCAUCUGUAGUAACCAAUACAGAUGCUCUAACUGUGAUGAAACAUAGUCCUGUACCCCGGCAAUUAAUACAUUUAUUACAACUUUCCAUCUUUUACCAUAGUAUUAGUCUCUUUUGAAUUUACACAGCUAUAUCUAACGGGUCAUGAUAUGUCCAAGUGGAAACUAUAACUUACCAUAAUUUUGUUUUGCUUUAUAACGGAAAUGACAAUAUCAAUAUGAAAAAUGUCUCUUAAUCCAGGUUUUAACAUAUUUUCUGUUAAACAUGUUUUUUUCAUUCAAUAAAGUU